AUAACAUUUAUCUGAGUAGUUGCACUUUGGCACUUGAGUUAUCAGGUCAUCUGUACCCAUAUAUAAGAUAGGCCAAAGAGUUUUUGCCGCUAACCCAUCUGACACACUUUCCGCAGAGGAGACACUAGAUCCCUGCCAUUAUGAACAAGCUGCUGGUUAUCACCGUCGUCAUCACUUUCCUUGCUCUGGGAGCGGAGAGCUUCCGUGUGCCCAGGCAAGCUGAAGAUGAGAAGGGAACCGUUGCCACUGUAGUGGACACACUUAGGUCCUACUACGACCAGAGCGUUGACACUGCCAGCGGCUACGUUGAAACCAUCAAGGGCUACAAGCUGGAUGAGAAAGCCAAGAACCUGUACGAGGACACAGUUCGUGCUGUCAGCACCUACGCCGGCAUCUUCAACGACCAGCUAUACCACAUUUUGUACCCUCAAGACAGCUCUUAAAUCACAUUGUAUCACACAUCAACAAAACUCCAUCUCUUUCUGGUCCUGAGUCCAUCAUCACGCUGGAACUACAAUCACAUGCAUCUCAGAAAAAGAUGGCACUGAGCUGAAAAUAUGACUGUUGAACUCCAAAGGCCUGUUACCUUCGCCCUGUCAAAAAUACUGCAAAAGCACGAGCACCCUGACACACAUCAGUGGAUAAUUAUGAUGUGAAGUUCUGUGGUAAAAUCGGGUAUAAUGCUCAACCACAAUCUGUUUUUGGAUGAAGAUCAGAGACUCUUUGCUGCUGACUGUUACCUGGCGCCCUCUAUCGUACAUCCAGGUUAAAAAAGAAUCAUCGACCGUUUCAUUGUGGUUUAUCUGUACAGAUGAAAAAAAAUCCUUGUAUUAUAUCAACAUUUAGUGGUUCUUUGUCCAUGAGCAUUAACAAAUAGCAAUAAAACUCCACAUUUGUAGAAAA